CAAAAGAUUCUUUCCUCUGUGGUUCUGUUAUCAUCGUACUUUGCUUGUGUCUGUAGGUUCUAGUUUUAUUCACCUUUUACUUUGUCACAAUAAUAAAGAAAUUCAUGGGAUGAUUCAUGUUGAUGUUCUUUAUUGUUUUAUUUAUAUAAAUUGAUUUAACGAUCAUCCAACUCAAAUCUUUCAAAUCCCUCCCACUACUGGUGUCCCUGCAGGGCUCUGUCCUUGGGCCCCUUCUGUUUAUCACCUAUUUCAUUUACAUAUCUUCUGUCUAUUGAACAGCCAGCUCCACCUGUCCUCCACCCUCCCUCUUUGAUUGCAACAGGAAAUCAAAUCCUGGUUUUCCUGCAAUUUCUUCAAACUCCUCAAGGUCAUCUCUUCCAUCCAUCUCACUCUACCACCUGCCCGCUUGACCACCAUUGCCGCUCUGCUCCCCUCCUCCCAGAAAUCUGUAACAUUGACUCUUUCCAUUUUCAAUCCAUCUUUUUAAACUGGCACUUUGGGCCAAACUCAUGUUUUAUUCACUGUUAUUGAUCUUUGUGACACAUUGUUUUUAUCUCUGCAUUGUAAGGUGCAUAUAAAUAAAAUGUAUUAUCGAUAUUAUUAGAAGUAAAUUCAUCUGCAGUAACUAAUUAGUUAUUUUAAAAGCAAAUUUCAGGCUAAAAAUACUAAAUAUUGUCUGAACUCAGCGUCAGAAGAUUUUCUUCAUUCAGCUCUGGAUUUUUAUGUUUGUAAUAAAUGAAUCACACAAAUCCAGCUCCGACAAAAUGAAUGAAUUUAAUGUGAACUUCUAAAAUGCAAACUCAUGACGUCCUUCACUUUGUUUGUGUUUGAAUUAAGAGAGAAACUUCUGGUUUGUUUCAGAUCUUCUCUCUGUUGAUCUUUAGAUUUACAUCCUCCGUCAUCAACGUGUGGGUUCUUUUCAAACCUCCAGGAAACACAUUUGAAUCUCUUGUAUCUAAGUCAACUUGUGUUUAAAGUAUUCAUGUUAGUAAAGUCAGUGCUGUGUUGAGGCUGCAGUUCUCCGAGUGGCCGGGCGGUGGCGCUGUUUCCUCAGAUGUUGAACUCCGUGUAUUAGGUGAAGGACUAUGUUGUAAAAAUCUUUCAAACUGUUAAUUCUCGGUGACUCGGUUCUUCUCCCGGUUCUCUGCUCGGUGUGUUUCGGCCCCGUGACACCGGCUCUUCCUGUGGACUGUGGCCGCUCCGGGGGGGACAGUUCCGGGCAGCUGCUGCGAGGUUUUCUGCCCUGACUGGAGGUUUUUACCAAGUUAGCUCAACAGCUAAUCCCAAAAGUCGCGUCACCUGUGCGGACCCGAAUGAAAAGUUUCCCCGGAGACGGUGAAGCAUCGCGGGACGUUUCACUCGAAGCUGGAGAGAAACUUCGUGCGGAGCUUUUUACGUUGGCUUCGGAUUUUAGUCGCUUUUACGCAGCCGUUAAAUCUGCGUUAGAGACCCAGCGACUGACGCUCAGCUGCGGGUCAUAAAUGUCUCUGAGCCGCGGGGACGCUCGGUUCAGGUGUUGUUAGCGGGGGGAGAUGCGGUAGAGGGCGGGAGACUCCGCUCCUCUGCCCGCUGACUCUGACACUCCGGGUCCGCUGCUCUGAGGCCUGCGGGUCAGGCUUCUACCGGGCUCGAGUAGAGCCCGACGCCGCCUUCAGAGGGUCGCAGGCCGGCUGGGGGCGCCGCCGCUGCCGGGCCCGCGCACCAGGUCAUGGAGCGGAUGGAGGUGGAUCAGUGCGCAGGCGCAGGGGGCGGGGCGCUCCGCAGAUCCAACAGCGCCCCCAUGAUCACGAGUGUCAGUGAUGGGAUGACCGUCUUCAGUCCUGUAUCCUCUGCUCGAUACAGACGUAGCAGCGUUUCCAUCAACCCCAGCUGUCCGUCACAGCUCAUCCCUCUCUCUCCGUUCUCUCUAAGCGGAGACAGACCCGACCAGAAGAGACAGGAGGAGAACAUGGAGACAACGCUUAGAGGAAGUCUGCACAGACUCAGUGCUUCCAGUCUGAUUCCGGUUCCUCCCGUCAGUCAGUGGCAUGACCACACUUCAACGUGGUUUCAGUCACAGGACAGCGGCGUCACACCAAACUCCUCCCCCAGUCCCACCCGGAGGUUCAGACCAACCGUCAACGCCACAGUCAGGUGGCCUGUACUGACCCCCCUGAAGAGGAAAGGUGGAGUCGAGUCUGACGGACCCCCAAAGAAGCUUUUUGUCGCAGGGAUAACAGACCCCGCCCACCGCAGCAGCUACACAGUCAGUGUCUCUCAGUCGACGGCAGAGCCUCCACCAGCAGGGGGCGUCAGUCCUCAGUCCAGCCCUCUGUCCCUCUCCCCUCCCCCCUCCUUCACCAACUUCAGCUCACACCAGCAACCUGGACACUAAACCCCGCCCCCCAACACCCACCCUCAUCGCACCUUAUCUAGUGUCACUGUAAGUCCCGCCUCUUCCUGUCGCCAAACUUGAUGGACAGACGAACCACAGGAAGUUCAGAAGUGACAGUUGACACAUUUCUUCUGGAAUGCAAUCCUAGUUUAGCUCUUCAGUUAAUCUCAUGUUGCACAAACAUUUGUCCAGCAGAACGACUUUUCCUUCCCGAGCAGUGAAGGUCCUGACAUGAGCCCCGCCCUAAAAUCAGUCGGCUGAGCAUCGUCAGCGUCAUGUCAACAUCAUGAAGAACGUUUGGAGGAAGUCGUUGGACGUGAGGCUGGAAGUCUGAUUCUGUGAAGACGCACAUUAACAGUUGGUUGGUUCUCACAGAGACGAGGUGUUGAACCCGAGAGUCAAGAGGACACACGACCUGAUGUUCAGCUCAGCGAAGACGUCCUGACGGUUUCUCUGAGAACGGGACGAUCACGUGGAACAUUGAAGGAUCCCGAGACUGAUCUGACUCAUCAAUCAAUCGUUUUAUGAAGGCACCGAUCGUCUCUGAUCGAUGGACAUUUCUGAAGAACCUAUAAUAAAGUCUUGAGUUAUUAUCAGGACAAAAACACAGCAAAUGAAAGAAGUUGAUCUGAAUCAUCUCUAAAGGAGCUGAAGCUCUUCAGGUUCCACCACAAUCAAUCCAGGCGACUCCCGCAGGAAACCAACGGAACCGAAGCUUCACGUAUUCAAACUUUUAUCAAGAUUCAUUCAGGAAAGAUCCUGAAUCUGAGUCUGAAGCAAAGACUGAAGUUAAAGACGAGGAGACGUCUCUGGAUUGAGAUUCCGCCCACAGGCUCUUGACCAAUCAGGAGUCAGCUGUCAAUCAUGAAGUCUCAGUUUUUAUAUCAUCAAAUAACUGAUUAAACCAAACUGAUGAGAAACAUCAGAGAGAGGAGAACGAGCUGAAACGACUGAAACAUCUUUCACAAACUUAUGACGUUUACUGCAUCCAGCCACCAGGGGGCGAGCCAGAUGAUUUGGCUUCACUUUUGGGAGCCUACAUGUCGUCCAUCUUUAUUUCUUGAGAUGUUCAUACUCUACCAUUACUUCAUCAAUUCAGAGACCCAGGGUUACACACUUCAUCAUCAUCAAAUUUCACGUUAUUUACACGUACGUCUCCGAAGAUGACGAAACAAAUUAUUGUAUAAAAAAAUCCAAUGAAACUGUCAAGUUUUUCUUCACUGACGAAACCUUUUUCGUGUUUUAACGAAACGUUUCAGUGUCGGACUUCGACUGAAGCUUCCUACUUUUUCUAGAAGAACCUUGACAGACUUCGAAACACGUUUGUGCCGCAGGAGGUUUGAUGAACUGCUCCGGCUCAGUCGAACCCGUCGUGUGUGAGUUUUACAGAGAGCAGCUGAUUCGUUCUCACUUUUCUUCAGCUGCAGUUUGAUUGUAAAUAUUGAAUCUGCAGAAACGACCACAUUUUUAGAUCAGAACCGAACUCGGUUGUGUUUUAUGUCACUGUUACAAACAAAGUGUAUCGAUGUGUUGACUGUGUCGUCCCACUCACUGACCUGAAAUAUUACCCAUGAUCCUCUGCUUUAUGACCCAGAGGAGCUGCUGCUGUAACUAAUCCACCAAACUCUGUUCAGAGUUCUUCGUGUUUUAAAGUUUGCUGCUGAACAUUGGAGAUAAACUGGUUGUUAAUAACUUGUCAGUGUUUUGAACUGAUCUCAGUUCAGCUUCACUCUUCAGCUCUUAACGACAGCAGCUCUGUGUCGUUCUGUGUCGUUCUGUGGUUUCAUCCCAACAUCUACAGACACGAUCACGUUUGUGACCAAAAAUCAAUCCUCAACAAAAUGAUCUGGUUCUUCUUCCUCAAAUAACUUAAAUCAAACCAAACGUAAUCCACCAUCUUUAUUUACAGUCUGUGAUUCACAUGUUGGAUUCUAAAAAGAAAAUUCACAGAUUCUCCUCAAAAGAAAAGUUUGUAAAGUUUCAUUAGACAUUUCGGAGACGAGCUGCAGCAGCUUCCUGCUUCAGUUAUUUCUCGCUGUCGCUCAUCAUUGUGCCUCAAGAUGUCGCCAUCUUCUGGUGGUGUCUGUGAUGUUUUGACGUCAGAUCUGAGACUUUAUUUUCCUGAGAUUUUUAGAAUCGGACUUGUCGCCUGUGUUUGUACUUUGUCGCGUGAAAAAACAAGUCGCUGCUCGUUCACGCUCAUUCGUUUAAAAACGUUCCAAAUCUCCUCUAGUGACAGAUUUGACGUUGUUUUCUGUGGUCACGACUUUGCAGUUCCUGACAUUUUCGUUCUUUCUGUCACAUGAUCGAUAUGUUGUCGCAUCAGAUGUUUUGCUGCUUUAUUUCUCGUUACCGUCUCAGUGAGUUUAUCCUGCUUCUAAAAACACUAAAUAUUCCUUGUUAGCUUGAAGUCGUUCAGACGUCGACUUCGAUCUUUAUUAAAUUAAAGCUUUAGAAGCUCAUUGGGACAGAAAAGGUUUUUUAAAAGAAUGGAUUAUUGUUUAUGAUGUAAGCCAUUCAUUAAUUUUGUUCAUAUCACCCCCUACAGGCUGCAUAUCUCAUUACAUGGUCUGUGUCUAGAUCUUACGAUUCAACAUCUACUGAUGUGAAUUUUCAACAAACAGAAAAGACACUUCUUCCUUCACUUAAAUAUUUUGGUCAAAACUAUAACAAAAGUUUUUUUGUGACGAGAAGCAGGAUGGACUUAACUCCGCAGUAACACCUGCUGCCAAAGUACUCAAGCUUUAACACCUUUGGAAUUUUGCACAUUUAACAUUCAAACUGUCUGAAGAGAGAAAGUUUCCACUGCUGGAGCUCGUACAAAUUUCUGCUUCAAGAAAAGUUUUUACACCAAAAAUCCUUCAACAAAAUAUAUGUUUUAUAAAAACAGUCGUAAAAUAACAGUUUUAUGUGUUUUGUGUCAUUGUCAAUUUUCUGUUCAUAACCGAUUGAACGCUUCAAGAAAAGUCUCGUUUGAAAUCCACAUUACUUUUAUUUCAGUUUCAUUUAAGUUUCCAAAAUGUUUCUUUUUUAAAUACAUUUCUAAUAAUUUGAUUUCAAAGAGAAAAUUUCUAAUGACAUGAAAAUGAUCUUGUCAGUACUUAAAGUACUUAAAGCUCCAGUGUGUAGAAUUCAGGUGAAAGGAUCUAUCGGCAGAAAUUUAAAGGAGAAUCAUCCUCAUGAUGUUUUCACUCGUUCAUUUCAUCUAAAUUGUUUUAAUUGUAGUUUUCUUUACCCCAGAAAAGACCCUUUAUAUUUAAAUACUUAUAUUUACACCGCCAUGUUUUUUACAUAAGUCCAGACUGGACAAACUAAACUGAAGGACAACUGAAGACUACCACAGGUUCUUUUUCGUGUUUGGAAGGAGAGGGUGAAGUGAGGGCUGUUCCACUGCAACACUAGACCUCACACAGUUCUACACACUGAACCUUUAAAGAAUGAAUGAAUAAAGAAUUAUUUCUAGAACUUUAAGGUUCUUAUCAGAACACGAGAUGAAUCUUGUUGCCGUAAGUUUUAUUGUCCGGUUGUUCUCGAACACAAACUUGUGGAUUUAAGAUGAAACGGGUUUUGUUUGUCCAUGUGCUGAUCAGGAAGUGAGUGUGGGGGCGCUGUUCUCUUUCAGUUUUUCUGUUUGGAGUCAUGGAGACAGUCAAUGGUUCUUCAGUAUUAAAGUUUCACUCUGGCAGAACAAAAUUAUUUCUCAGCACUGAUACGAUCAUUACACUUUGUCCUGAGCUAAUAAACUAACCAUCACUUCGAAGUAAAAAAAAAAGAAACUUUGUUUUAAGUGAAAAUGUACAAAGUUCUACUUCUCUGUCUCUUUGAGUUUUUUUGUUUCCUUUAUCUUCACCAGCAGAUGAGAUUUUUCUUGAUAUAUAAUUGAGCUGCGAUGUCGUUUACGAUUUAAACCGUGACUUGUUAAAUUACAGCGCAUCAGCUUCAUCUUAAAAAUCAUUCAUAAAGUGCGGAAAAAUGAUGAAAAGUGUCCAGAGUGAGAUCCGACUUUAAAAAGGGCUCAACACGAUUUCUUCAACACGAUAAAGGGAAAUAAAAGCACAUCAAUGAAAACAACGUAUUUUUAAAGUGUAAAUAGUUUUUCUUUCUUUCCUUUUAUUUUGGACAAAUUCUCUACAUAAGACAAAGGAGAUGUAUUUUUAUGCAACAG